AGAAGUUGGCAUAAUGCCUUUCAGAAAAAAGUUUUGUAUUUCUUGGCCAGUUUCGAGCGAUACGUUAAACCUGUGUGUUUUAAGUGGAUAAUGUUAGAUACUAUUAAGGAUUUUUUGGACUACGGGUUCAUUAACAAUAUCACUGGAAACAAUACUGACUUGCAAGGAAAUAAUAAUGCAUCCCCAAAAGAUGGCGUUCAGUGGCGGGGCAAUAGGAGCAGCGGCAGCAACGGGCAGUGCAACGGAAACGGGAACAGGGGCAGCACAGGCGGGGGGGCUUUCGGGCUCGGCCUUUACGGCGGCGGGGGGGACGGGAGCGAAGGGGGUGGGUGCAACGGCACUGAAGGCCCGGCCGCAGCAGGGCCGGACCAGUUGGAGGGGCCGGGCUCAAUUGAGAAUGACUCUAUUCACCUCAAGAGACGGGUGGGACUCAUCAGUGGGGUGGCUUUAAUUGUCGGAACCAUGAUAGGUUCCGGAAUUUUCGUUUCCCCAUCUGGUCUUUUACUAAGGACUGGAUCAAUUGGGAUGAGUUUUGUGAUAUGGAUGGCAUGUGGGUUGUUAUCCCUAUUAGGGGCCCUUUCAUACGCAGAGCUAGGUACGAUGAAUACAUCUUCAGGAGCGGAAUACGCCUACUUUAUGGACGCUUUCGGAGCCCCGCCGGCCUUUCUGUUUUCCUGGGCCAGCACGCUGGUCCUAAAACCGUCGCAGAUGGCCAUAAUCUGUCUCAGCUUCGGAAAAUAUGCUGUUGAAGCCUUCGUGACACAGUGCGAGCCUCCGGAAAUUGUCGUCAAGAUGGUAGCACUGUUAGCCAUCGUUGUAAUCUUGUACGUAAAUUGCUACAGCGUCAAUUUAGCAACGAGUGUUCAAAAUGUCUUCACAGCAGCUAAACUUGUUGCGGUACUGAUUGUGAUAAUAGGAGGAGCAUAUAAAAUUUCUGAGGGUAAUACUCAGCAUUUAAGGCAACCAUUUAAAAAUACACAAUACUCCAUUGGUAAUAUUGCAACUGCUUUCUACACUGGCCUAUGGGCCUAUGACGGUUGGAAUAAUUUGAACUAUGUUACGGAAGAAAUUAAAAACCCCUCCAGAAACCUGCCUCGUAGCAUAGUAAUAGGCAUCCCUUUGGUGACAGUGUGCUACGCGCUUAUAAACAUCUCAUACUUGACCGUGAUGUCGCCAAUGGAAAUGCAAACAAGCGAAGCAGUUGCCGUCACGUUCGGAAACCGUCUUUUGGGCGUCAUGGCCUGGCUGAUGCCGCUGUCUGUAACGAUCUCCACCUUCGGCUCCGCCAACGGCACGCUGUUCGCUGCAGGAAGGCUUUGUUUCGCCGCCAGCAGGGAAGGACAUCUUCUGGACAUCCUGUCUUAUGUGCACAUCAGAAGAUAUACGCCAGCGCCCGGGCUUAUUUUUCACUCCAUAAUAGCCGGCGCAAUGGUUUUAUAUGGUACCAUCGAUUCCUUGAUAGAUUUCUUCAGUUUUACUGCCUGGAUUUUCUAUGGCGGUUCAAUGGUGGCGCUUAUUGUAAUGCGUCACACGAAACCCAACUAUCCCAGACCUUACAAGGUACCUAUAAUCAUUCCUUAUAUGGUGUUACUAAUCUCUAUCUACCUGAUAAUAGGCCCUAUUAUUGAUAAGCCUACCAUCGAGUACCUUUAUGCCGCUCUCUUCAUUCUGGGAGGAAUGAUUUUUUAUGUUCCUUUUGUACAUUAUAAACUGCGUGUUCCGUUUAUGGAUGGAAUAACAGUAUUUCUACAAAUGUUAUUUGAAGUGGCACCUACAUCGAACAUGUUUGAGUAGUCACCAAACAACUUUAGUUAAAGCUCAAAUAGACGCGUAGACGCAUCAUGGUUACAAGACAAUAUUUAAGUCUCAUCUAUACAAAACUAUUUUUAUUAAGCUUGCUGUGAAUAAGUGUAGGGGGACCUAAGGAAUUGUAAAAAAAUUAUAAUUAAAAAUAUUGCAUGGAUCAUUCCUUAACUUUAAGGCAUUCUAUGGGGUGCAACGUGGAUGUCUUUUAUCAAAAAUAUUCAAAUAAAAUUAGGGCCCAAGAUUUAGAUUUAUUUUGUUGUACCUGGCUAUAAUUACCUAGGAAAUACUUAAAUAUUCAUUCAAUAUUUAAAUCUGGUUGUUGACUUUUGGCUCUAAUUUUAUUCGAUUUUUAAGCAUUUUAUACCAACUUACUGUACAUUUAUUACGAAAAGUCUGACUUUUUUAAAAAAUUAUUUUUAUAUAUUGAAGAAUUCUUGUAACCAUGAUAUUUGUAGUUUGUUAAAUGAUUUAGGUAAACAUGAAAUUAUCAUUCCUUACCUAAACAUUGUUGAAUUUUAUAUUUAUUUUUUAUUUUCAAUUUAUAUUUUUUUUAUUUAGUUACUUAAAUCUUAUUUUAUAAUGAGAGUGUAAAGGGGCACUUGAUAAAACUUUACAUACGUACAAGAGUACAUGAGUAUCUACCUACCGAAACUUGCCAAACCUAUUUUACAUAUCCGCAAAAUAGUACUCUCAUCUAAAUACUUGAGUAUAUUUAAAUGAUCAUUAAUUUGAAGUUUAAAAAUGUGUUUAUAUUUAUUAUAAUAAUUAAAAUUAUUGUAAUUUUUUUGUAAAAAAUACAUCAGAAAUAUUGUUGCCAAAAUAUAAAGCAUAUAAUGAAAACCUAAAUAAAUAAAUGUUUUAAAAUCAAUGUUUGUCUAUUUUUUUAUUUUUUUCCUCAUAAAAAUAUAGUAUUAUUCUUAAUACAUGCUAUAUAGAGUGUCCGGGUAGGGCGCAGUACACCAUAUUUAAAAAUGUUGCAACUUUUAAAAGUUC